UUGAUAAUCAAAUCUGUGCCAGUACUGAUAAUUGUGUGUUCAUCAUAUUUGGCAUCUCCUUGAUUCUAAAUUUAACCUAUCUACAAAUCUUAACGAAAUAUUCAAUAAAAAACUGCACGAAAAACAACUUAACUUUGUUAACAUUCACAGUUUGAAAACUUACAAUCAUGAACGCGAAUCCAAGAAAUGAAAUAGUGUCAUGCAUAGACAUCGCAAUGAAAGAACAUGGUUUUUCCAAUAUAGUGGUUAAUUUGUUGGGUACGAAUGAAAAAGGAGAAGGAUUCGCCGCAGACUUGAUCUUCGCUGAAGUUACAGGUACCGACCAGGAUAAUGAAGAAAGGAAAGUUCAUUUAGCCAUCAAAAUGGGUAAGAACAGUGCGAAUUUGCGAAACAGUUUACCUAUGAGAGAUAUCUACGAGAGGGAACUGUUCGUCUACCGGACAGUUCUUCCAACAUUCCAUGAAUUUCAGUUGGAGAGGAAUAUCACUGAAACUUUCGAAGCCUAUCCUAAGUGCUACAAAACAUUUCUGUCCGAAGACAGUGAAGUCCUGGUGUUCGAAAAUUUAAAGAAGAGGGGAUUUGUGCUGCACCAUCCCAGGAAACCAAUGAACUUGCAGCACAUCCAUUUAGUUUUGAGAAACUAUGCGAAACUACACGCUUUAUCAUUGGCCAUGCGCGAUCAAGACAAAAAAGAUUUCCAUGAAUUGACGGCUGAUUAUACGUCACCCAUGAAAGAGUUUGUUAUUUCAUCGGGAGUUUUCAGGAAGAAGGAGAGGGUGUGUGAACUUUUGGAAAAUGGUGGAAGGGAUGACCUAGUGGUGAAAUUCGAGAAGGAAAUCGGAAGUCGCAAAGAAAAAAUCAUUUUGGAUAUUCUGAAUGAUGUUGUUGAAGAGUCAGUGAUAAUCCAUGGAGACUGUCAUAACAACAACUUCCUUUUUAGAUACGAGGAAAACGAUGAGGAAAAUCCACUUGACGUAGCUAUACUUGACUGGCAAAUUUCCACCCUGAAUUCUCCAGCUAUGGACCUCAGCUGUUUUUUGUAUUUAUGUGCAUCUGGAGAAUCUUUAUCUCGAUUAGAAGAACUUCUUGAAUUGUAUCAUUCGAACUUGAGGGACUUUUUGAGACAACUUGGGUCCGACGUUGAAGAGUUAUUUCCUUAUAACAUCCUAGUGAACCAUUGGAAGAAAUACACUCCUUAUGCUUUGGCUUUAGUGACAACUUUUUUGGAACUGUUGUUCUUUCAGAAACAAGAUGUACCAGAAUUUGAAAACAUUCAGGAACAGAGUGAUAUGGCAAAAUUCAUGGAAGGGAACCAAUUAGAAGAUGAAGAUUUAUAUAGAGAGAGGCUAAUAUCAGUUAUCGACCAUCACUUCAACUUUGUAUUGGACUAAACGGUAUUUGCUUAUUUCAUUAGCAGGAAGAAAUCUUGAAAUAAAUAUCACGACUAAUAUCAAUUGUGAUACUUAUGAGAAACGCGUUAAUGAAAUAAAUUUUCAGACCCUCAGAGACCAAUGUUCAUGCCUAAAAUGAUAAUGAUCUGCUAAAAUCUGUUUGAAAUCUUUUCUUUUGUUAACCCGCUUCAGGAAUCGCACAUUAAAAGUUGAGACUUCGUUUA